UGUUAAUGCAAUAACCACCACUGUGAUGCAGCAUGAAAUAAAACCUAUCACAAUAAAUAACCAUAUAAGACCCACACAUUAAGGCCACAAUAUAUAUGUAUAAAUAUAAGAAAAUACAGCAAUAUGGCUUUAGAGGUUUCUUGCCCAGCGUUUUGUUCAGAAGGUUUGAUACUAGUUCAAAUGCGUGCCCAGAAUUUAAUCGAGCUGAAAUGAGUACAGCCAGUCAGCAGUCAGCCUACUUUCCCCGGGUUUCUCCACUGACAGGCGGGGAGCAGCAGGAAAACUGAGAGACUAGUCUUUCUCGUUGCAGUCCCGCUGCUGUGCCACUGCGCAAACAGUCUCCGCCGUUCAGGGAUAGGUCUCCCCCCAAAAUGAGGCUGCGCUCGAAACGAUCAUGCGAUUGAGUGACGAGCGCGUCAUGCUUGUCUUCCUCCUCCUCUGCUCUGUGCGAUCAGUGGCUCUGUGUUCCGCAAUCCCCCGGGAUACUGUACCGCCCUCGAUGGCUCUGCUAUCGCCGUUCCGUUCGCACUGAAUGGCCGGCCGGAUCGAGGAAAAACGGGGGGAGAGAGCGCUGCGUCUCCUCCUUUAGACCAACGCUCUGCAUCAGCUUCCCAGUGAGGGGCAAACCCUUUGGUGGUGUGCGUAGGCGCGCCAUGGCCCAGACCCUCCAGAUGGCGAUCCCAAACUUUGGCAACAACAUUUUAGAGUGUCUGAACGAGCAGCGACUGCAAGGCCUCUACUGUGAUGUCUCUGUUGUGGUCAAGGGCCAUGCCUUCAAGGCACAUCGAGCUGUUCUGGCGGCCAGCAGCUCAUAUUUCCGGGACCUUUUCAGCAGCAGCACCAAUGCUCCGGUUGCUAGCAGCAACGAGACGAGCCCCACUGUUGUUGAGCUCCCUCCAGCUGUGCAGCCCCAGUGCUUCCAGCAGAUUCUGGCUUUCUGUUACACAGGCCGCCUCAGCAUGACAGUGGGAGACCAAUUUCUUCUCAUGUAUACUGCCGGCUUUCUUCAGAUCCAGCAGAUCAUGGAGAAGGGCACCGAAUUCUUCCUCAAGGUAAAGGUGUCUUCCCCAAGUUGUGACUCCCAGGGUCUUCAUGCCGAGGAAGCUCCAACCUCAGAGCCGCAGAGUCCUGUAACACAGACCAGUAACAGUGCACCACGUCCUGCCUCCAGCGUGACGCCGCUCCCUCUCGUUUCACGACUUAAGACAGAGCAGCCAUCCACCCAGACGGAAGCCGCCACUCCUUAUUCUGUGGUUUGCACUCCUGUUGCCAAGCGGCUGUGGGAGGGCGGCAGCACCCGCGACGGAGGCGGGUUAGGCUCGGGUGGCGGCGGUGGAGGAGGAGGGGCCAGAAAGGCGGCCCGUUAUUCCCAGGAAGCGGUGCGGGGCAGUGCCAUCCAGACCCCCGUAGCUCUCGGACUGGCCAUGGGCAUGAACGCCACUACAACCAGCCUGGCAGGCAUGGUGCCCAGUGGUGGGAUUGGUGGAAAUGCCGGCACCAACGGGAAUUCUGCAGCUGUGCUCGGAAUGUCAGAGGGUGCCAGCCCCGGCACACUGAGUACCUACGCUAGUGACUCACCCAUCAGCUACCAUGACGAUGAGGAGGAAGAAGAGGGAACAGACGAAAGUGCCGAGGAGCAGUACAGGCAGAUCUGUAACAUGUAUACCAUGUACAGUAUGCUCAACAUGGGAGCAGCAGCAGCUGGGGAAAGAGUCGAGGCCCUUCCUGACCACAUAGAGACCCGAGGUCGGAUGCGAGGCCGAGACCUUACUUGUCUUCCUCCAGAACUUAUUGCUCAGAUAGGAAACCGCUGCCAUCCCAAACUGUACGAGGAAGGAGACCCUGCUGAGAAACUAGAGCUAGUCUCAGGAACUUCUGUGUAUAUUUCGAGAGCCCAGCUAAUGAACUGUCAUGUGAGCGCAGGGACGAGACACAAGGUGCUGCUGAGGAGGCUGCUGGCUGCCUUCUUUGACAGGAAUACUCUGGCCAACAGCUGUGGGACAGGGAUCCGCUCGUCCACCAACGACCCUAGCCGCAAACCCCUGGACAACAGAGUUCUCCAUGCGGUCAAAUUUUAUUGCCAGAAUUUUGCCACGAGUUUCAAAGAGAGCGAGAUGAACGCCAUCGCAGCGGACAUGUGCACCAAUGCCCGCCGCGUGGUGCGAAAGAGCUGGAUCCCCAAGCUAAAGCUGCUGAUGGCGGAGAGCGACGCCUACUCCUCCUUCCUCCCCGACGGAGUCAAGACAGAGGACGAAGCCCUGGGGGCGGACCAGGCCUUCGAGCCCGCCUCCCUGGAGGCCACCGGCGGCGCCGGCAUGGAGUCGGGCGGCUCCUCAGGUGAAUCUCUGCCAGGCGUGGGUGGGGAUGGAGUACCGUUGUUCUAAACGCUCAGCCCCUGGAAAGGUUUAAGUCUGGUGACGCACGUACCAGUACCCCCACUCCCCGGUUGUGCUUGCCUCCUCACUCUUUGGCCCCUCCCUGAUCUCUCUUUACAUCUCUGCUGUCUGUACAACAGUCCUUGGGGCGACAGCCGUCACUCCGUUAUAACCAGGACGUAAAAACUCACAACUUUCUUUUUUUUUUUUUUUUUUGCUUUAUGACUGUAAAACAGAGUUAGUGGAGUAAAAGGAUGCUUGAGCGUUUGUCCGCUACCUCCCCUCGUCUCAUAUGGUGUGCAAGUGCAGCCACGGUUGCAUUUAAGAUACAUUCCCCGAGGUGCAGGUAGGGGGCGCUACCAGUGCAGCCAGGGGAAGAAGGGAGAGAUGUUUUGGCAGGCUGGGAGCAGAGGUGACAAAAAAAAAAAAUAUGAAUGUAAGUGUCGCUGGCUUUUUUUCUCUAUGCAAGCCUGACAACUUGUGUUCCAGCCUUGGAAAUAGAACUAAAUUUAACUGUAUUAAAACACAAUAACACUACUUAUUCCUCCUUACAUCUUCCUCUCAACCCACCUCACCUCAGAGUGUUUCACUGUGCCGCAUAUUGUAGAAAUAUUCUCAACUUUUUUGUAAACGUGCUCGCAUGUUUGUGUCUGUGAACUGAACAUUAAAAAUUGGGGAUGGAAGGAGGGGAGCUUUUUACUAAGAUGAUUGUAAAGAGGACUGAGAGGAAACAGGUAAACAAAGAUGGUUCUAUUUUCAGAAGAAAAACUAUAUUUAUACAGGCGCCGAUGCCUAAAUCGGUGUGAGCGACGAGAGCGAGGGUGAUUGUUUUAAAAUCUCCACGUAAGUAAGCUUCUGUCGAAAGAGUUAUUGUCAAAUGAGAGGAAAAGUGCUAUUUUUGCAGGAGUAUAACAAAGGAGUCUUAUGAUAGGAAUUUGUGUCAUUUUAUUUUUAGCUUUAUUUUCAAAUGAAAGAGAUGGAAUGAGCAGUUGAACUGCUAAAUUUGACACAUUUCGUCUUCUGUUCACCAGCCUGAAAGGAAAUAAUUUCGAACAUUUUAGUUGGAUUUCACUGUCUGUUAAAACCCUUCCUUAGGUUGUGGAUCUGCAGCUUUGAUAAACCGCUUGCUCACAAUCCUGAAGAUUACUUGCAGAAACUCAAAGGUUAUAUUGAUCUCGAAAAACAAAACAACAACAAAAAAAAAAACUGUUAGCUUUGUCUUUGUACAGAAAUUACAAAAAAAAAA